AUGUGUGCUGACGACAAUAUUUUUGAGAAUAGCAAAUGUGCUCUAUCUGAAAAGCAGAUUGAGUCGGUGUUUUACCUAAAUUCGGAUGACUUUAGGCCAAUACCUCAGAAACCGAGACUCCGGUUUGACUCUGAACAGGUUCCUCAACCAGAGCAUGAUACUGUCGAAAUUGAAUUAGCUUCACAGUUUUAUGCAUGGCUGGGAUCCCUUAAUGAAAUGGAAGCUAAGGAGGGAAGUGAAACUGUGGCGGAUCUUUCUAUGCAUUUUGCUCAGCAAGAAUCCUAUUGCAUGUCAAUCAUAGAUAAAACCGAUGAGAUCUUAUCGAAAUUAUGUCAACUGAAAGAACGCUACCUCUCAGUCUCCGAGAAAACAAACAACCUUCAUGAAACUUGUGAGAGUCUCCUACGUAAGCAAACGGAUCUAACUGAAAAGGCAACUCAAAUUGAAACAUUUCUUCAAUAUUUUACCGUUCUUUCUUCAAUUGAAGCGCGCAGCUUUAAAGACUCGGAGGCAUAUCUAGCACGCCUUAAUACCUGUUUAAAUACGGCUCUCUUAACUGUAAAGGAAGGUGUGAAAAAUGCCAUCAGACGGGUUGUCAUGGAGAUUGUGGAACUAGGGGACGCCAUAGUCCCAGAAAAUUCAUUUAUACUCUUAUACGGUCGCUUCCGUUCCCAGGCUUCGCGUAUUCGCUCUCUAAUGCAACUCCUAGAGUCCCGUGCCGAUACUUCACAAAAAUAUCGUGAUGUCAUCACGGAAUGUCAGAUGUAUUAUUUAACCAAACGGGAAGCACUAGUCAUUCCGGUCGCCCAGGCAAGCAUUGCUGACCUAACGAGCAAAUAUUCACGCGACCACUGUGAACUCUUUCGCACCACAGUUUCCUUUAUGCUUCAUAUGUGUGAAGAUGAGAUUUCUUUGUUUCGCCGAUUUUUUGAACCACAGGAAACUCCAGCAUCAAAUCACGCCCAAAAAGACUCAAUUCCACUGACAUCGAUGCUGAGCAACCUGUGCUAUUGUGUUUACGACGCCCUCCGGCCAUUCCUCAUUCACAUCAACCACAUUGAAAUCUUGACAGAGUUGUGCGAUCUCCUUGUCAACGAGUUCCUCGACGAUCAAAUCAACGCGAAGUCCCGUGUUGACCUAGCUGUCUUCGAAAACAUGUGCCAGUCGCUGCUGGCGGAUGUGAGGCAACGUCUCAUCUUCCGAGCAGACGUCUACAUCAAAUCUCAAAUCCACGACUACGAGCCGAGUGCCGGAGACCUUGCCUACCCCGAAAAGUUAGAGAUGAUUGAGGCAUGUCGCUUUUUAACUACCAAUACACAAAUAGCAUCAAGCCUGCAGCACUCCACGGAAAACGAGACCCAUUCAAACGGAGCUCAAUUGAAGGAGCAAGAACAGAAGGAAGCGCGACCCAUGACGUCCACUAGUUCAACCGACUUUCAUGGAAUGUGGUAUCCGACUGUGCGAAGGACCCUUGUUUGUAUCUCCAGCCUCAGUCGGUGUCUUGAUACAGAAUCCUUCCAAGGCCUCGCGCAAAAUUGUCUUUCGGCUUGCAUACAAUCCCUUAUUACUGCCCAGAGGCAUAUCAAAGAACGGAAGACGGCAAGUGAUGGGCAACUCUUCUUCGUUAAACAUUUACUGAUUCUGCGUGAACAAACGACCCCAUUUAAUGUAGAGUUUCGCGUCAGGGAGACGAGUCUGGAUUUUACAAGCAUUAAAAGCGCAGCCUAUCAGGCUCUACCGAAGCUGGGCUCAGGACUGUUUGACUUUAGUCGUGCCAACACCCUGCUUCGUCUUCUGCUCCUUGAGGGGCCCACGGUGGUCGACACAGACGUUGAUUCGCGGCGUCAACUUGAUCGACACUUGAAGAUCGCCUGUGAGGAAUUCAUUUCCUCUGCUGUGGCAGCUCUAACCAGUGACCUUCCUGCCGUCGAUAAGUUGACUCGGUACAUCGUGUGUAGUGAUCAUUGGUGUUCUCUGUUAAGUAAGUUUAUGGAUGUUUCUUAUGUUAAAUUUAUUCCACCAAAGGCGGAGACAGUAGUUCGACUAGAAUCACGCCAUGCCCUGGGACCGCCAGACCAAUUGAAGGAUGCCGUAUCUGCAGCUCUCCAUCUCCUGUCGGCCAACCAAAUGAAGUCCGCGUCACCGAAUAGCCUUGUGGCGAUUCGUCGAAAGCUGACUCUCUACCUUGGCAAUCCAAACACAGUGGCAAUCAUGAUGCGCCCCGUGGAGACCGGUGUCGUUCAGUCGUGGCGGAAGGUAGCCAAAAUCAUCACUGAGCACUAUUCACAGGAGGAGCAAAUGGUCAUUGCGUGCCCGACAGAAAGUCAGGUUAAUCCGAUUAUUCUUUCACGCAUGAUUGAAUCAAAAUACUUCUGUGAGGAUCUGCGACCCCAACUGCUCAAUAUGGCUGAUGAACUUCUUGAGCGCUCGUGGGGUUUCGUUAAUGAUAGCCUACGAACGGAUCUCUGUCUACAUUAUCCUCCUUACUUAAUCGCUCUGGGGUGUAUCCAAUUGGCUCUCAUCAGUUUGUCAAGAAAUCCGCCAGCCAAUUCUUCCGGAAGCUCCAAUGAUCAUCAUUCCUUCUACUUUUCUUCUCAACAAUCAAACAUCAACCCUUUAGUUAUCGCCGAACAAUGGUUUGGUGAGCUAAAUGUAGACCCUGAGAAGGUCCUUGAGGUGGUACGUCAUAUGCUGGCACUUUACGACCUCUGGGACCGCAUUGACGUGGACAUCGAGAUGCCGGUCUUGCUGAUGCAGAAAAUGCCUCGCCCAGUUGUGCAACAGGCGCAACAGCAGCAACAGGCGCAAUCAGGAUCGUCGGGUGUUAUCGAUGGAAGUGGGGGCGGCGGAACCAACAGUGGUGGCGGUGGCGGCGGUAACAACGCCCACCACCACCGCAUGGGUCAAGCUAUGCCACCCCACCACUUGCCUCCUCCACCCAAUGCUGGGCCUCCCAUGGCGUGA